AUGAAAAACACAGUAAAAAACCCUAAUCAGAAUUCUAAAUUAUCUACUUUUAUCACGAACGUCUUGUGGGAUGAGUAUUUUCCUAAUACUCAAACUUUAUUCCUUCCAGAGGGUCUUUUUGAUCACUCCCCCAUCCUUAUCCAAUUCUUUAAAACCCCUAUCGGCAGAAGGCCAUUUAGAUUCUGUAAAUUUUGGGCAAAUCAACCUAUGUUUUUCGAGAUUGUUGGGAAACGAUGGAACAACAAGGUCAAGGUUCAACGAUUAGAGGCAGCUUUCUUAGAUGCACAACAAUCCGUGCAUGAUGACCCCCACAAUCCGAGAGCUAAGGUGUUUUGGCUUCGCCAUGGAGAUGAUAAUACCUCGCUGUUCCAUCGAAGCAUUAAUCAACGAAGGAUCCAAAACCGAGUGAAUUUCCUCUGUGUGAACAAUGCCUUCAUCACUGAUCCUGCUAUUAUUUAUAGAAUCUUCCAUGACUUCUACUCUGCUCUACUUUGCUUCAAAAUGGAAAAUCGUAGGAAGGAGAUCAAAGACGCUUUAUGGAGUAUUCCAGAUGAUAAAGCUCCAGUGUUAUAUGGCUUAAAUAGUAAAUUCUACAAAGCUGCCUUUUUUGUUGUGAGUAAUGAUGUAGUUAGGGCUUUUCAGGAUUUUUUUAUCAAUGGCAAACUACUCACGGCUUGGAAUGUUAGUGCUGUUUCUCUAAUCCCCAAAGUUGCCCGCCCUUCACAUCCAGGUGACUUUCACCCUAUCUCCUGUUGUCACAUUGACCUUCGCAAAGCAUACGAUACAAUGGAAUGGCAAUUUAUUAAAGACAUGCUAGUGGCGCUCAGAUUCCCCAUACACUUCAUCAAGAUAGUUAUGGCGUGUAUCUCUUCAACUAGCUACUCUUUGCUGAUUAAUGGGUGCCCUAUGGAUGCUUUGAAUGCUCAAAAAGGCCUUCGGUAG